AUGUACUUAGUUCGUGUGUUAAUCACUCCUCUGAUCGUAGUAAGAGUUUUUGGUUUGAUAGCUUAUGACUGCAAGACUCAAACUCUAAAUAUGACAUCAAUUUCCCUCAUAAAUACUCCAGAAUGCAUUGAACACCACCCCAAUAUAACCUAUGAAACAGCGCAAGUAGUGAUCACUCAAUCUUCAAAUACAGGGAAAGGGAAAUUUAAACACUGUUUAAUUGAGGUGGAUAAUAUAUUGACAAGGUGUGGAAAAACAAUAGAUACAUCGUAUGAAUCAGGAUUCUUUUCUGAGUUCAUAAAAAUCUCGAACAGUCAGUGCACAGAUGCAGUGUUUCAGGGGAAGUUAGCUCUCAGAUAUAGAUCUUUUUUUCUAGAUGCUGACGUCGGAUCUGUUGGAUCAAUUAGUUUUGAAAGUCAUGGCUCAAUUCAUCAGGGAUCAUGUUCCCCGGGCUCCUCUCUUCUUAUUAAUAAUGUAUGGUAUCAUCGCCCUAUCAUUUCCUCGAAAUUGGCAUACUUCCUGGGCCAAGGAGAAAUGCAGAUUUCCUUUGAUAAUGACUUAAUUUCGUUGCCGAACGAAGAAACAUGCAAGUAUUCAACCGGGAAGUGUUUCACUCCAAAUUAUGGAAACAUAUUUUGGGAGUUGGAUAAGCCUAGAUGUGAGGAUGAUAGGAAGAUACUAGUCUACUCAGGCGAGGGUUUAUUGGUGAAAGAUGAAGACAAUGAUGAGACAUAUAUCCAAGUUAACCAUGAUGGAUAUGAUUUCCAGAUUUUACUAACAAAAAACAAGUUGUCCAUUUGUGGUGUUGCGUCUUUUAGAACUGAACACCCCAACCUAUUUGCGACAAUAAUGGAUCCUCACAGCGCUAGUUUCUCCGUAACUGAGAAAGGAAACCCUCAAGAACUAAGUCUUAUGAAUUACCUCAACAGCAAGUUAAUAUACACAAUGAGACACACUCGUCGAGAAAAUAUGAUGUCGAUUGCAGUUUUAUCACCUAUGGAGUUUGCCUAUACUUAUGGUAAUCAAGUCUCAGUUGAGCAGAAGUCUCAGUUCAAUAGAAGUCUCAGUUGA